AUGUCGUCAGCGCCGGAUCUCAAGUUUGCGUUCGGCAACUUCAACUACAUAUGCUCAACAGUCUCAUUGACGCUGUGCCCGCUGGUCGGGGACUCAGACGGCAUCGAGCCCAUCUGCUACUCCCGUAACGUGAGGCUAGUCGAUACCCUCAUCUUCCAGCCCUCAACGUUGAUUGUGCACUUUGUUGCCUUGGUCAUGACGGCCAUCAUGAUCUAUCAUAUCCGGUCCAAGUACACCGCCGUCGGCCGGAAAGAGAUUAUCAUGUUCUUCUAUUUGUACAUGCUGGUAACCAUCAUGGACCUCCUCCUCAUCUCUGGCAUCAUCCCUACCUCUAGCGAACUUUACCCUUACCUUACGGGAGUUCAUCUUGGACUGAUAUCGGCGACAUUCUGGUGUCUUCUUCUUAACGGAUUCGUCGGCUUCCAGUUUGCCGAGGAUGGCACUCCAUUGUCUCUCUGGUCGAUCCGGAUUUCGUCAUUUGUGGUGUUCCUGGCAGUAGCCUUCCUCUCCAUCGCAACCUUCCAAAAGAUUGGCCCCUUCGACCCCUUCCACCCAGUAGCCCUCUGGGUCGUCUUCUUCAUCUUCAAUGGCGCCGCCCUCUCGAUCUACGUCAUCCUCCAAAUCGUCCUCGUCGUCAACACCCUCGACGACCGUUGGCCCCUCGGCGACAUUGUUUUCGGAAUUGGCUUCUUUGCAGUCGGUCAGGUCAUCCUCUACGUGUUCUCGUUGGAUAUCUGUAAUUUCGCGAAACACUAUAUUGAUGGACUGUUCUUUGGAACGAUUUCGACUCUGCUGAGUGUGAUGAUGGUUUACAAGUAUUGGGAUUCGAUUACCAAGGAGGAUUUGGAGUUUUCUGUAGGGUCCAAGCAGAAUGUUUGGGAGGUGAAGGAGUUGCUUGGGGAGGAUGAGAUGGCGAAUGGGGGGUUAUAUGGCCAUCAUCAGGGGCAUCAGCAGGGGUAUGGAGGAUAUGGUGGUGGUGCAUCGCCUGCUUCUGGUGCUUAUGGACAGGCACAUUUUUAUGACGAGCGGUACUAG